AUGUACAUAGAAUCUUAGAGAGCGAUUGAUAUUUUAUUGGAUAAUAUCCAAGUCAGCUUUAAUUAAGACUCUCAGUUUUAAUUCGAUAAAUAAGGGUAUUUUAUUUGUGCAAAUCAAUCAUCGACUCAAAGUGAGCAAAUAAUUGGAGGAAAUAUCACAGUUAGGAUCAAAAGUGUUAAAUCUUAUGAGAAAGGAUAGAUUGCUUAAGGUGCUAUUUUAUAAGUGCAGCAUUUGAUUUAAAAUCUCGAUAUCUAAUUUGAGGACUCAUUAAUAAAAAACUAUGAGUCGCCAGAAUAAGGAAUUAGCCUUAAUGGAACAGUCAUUUAUGCUAAUGCAGUUAAUUCUAUUCAAGUCAAGAUCCUCAAUUCUGAGUUUUCUAGUUUAAGCAACCAAUAAAGUUCCGGGGCUCUAAUGUACUUGAAAGCAAAAAAUAUUGAUGUUAUGAUAGUGGGUUCAAAAUUUGAGAACAUUGUUUCCAAGCACUCAGGAACUUUAUCUGUGUUAGUUGGAUUGGAGUAAAUUUAGGUAUUAAUAGACAACUCUACAUUUUAAUAAUUUGGAUUAGAGAGAACUAAUGAUGGAGGUGUAUUUUUAUUUGAAGGAAAAAGAGCAGUGCUCAAAAUUUAAAAUCAAACAUAUUUCAGAGAUAUUUUGUCAAUGAAUUAGGGAGGUAUAGCAUUCUAUGAAACAGAGUAUUGCAAUUUGACAAUUGAAAAUUCAGAAUUCUAAAAUAUCUAUUGGAUUUCUGAUGGUGGUGGUUUUGCUCAUAUGAAAGGACUUUACAAUUAAGUAGAUCUGUUUAAUGUGUAAAUAUACCAAAACUAUUAAGAAUCCUAGGUCAUAUAAAUUGGAUAGAUCUAUAUGGGUGGCCUUGAAGAAAAUAUUAUCAGCAUAAGACAAUCUAGUUUAAGGAAUUUAGUUCAUUUAUUUUAAGGUUCGUUUAUACAUCUUAACGGAAAGAAUCAGGUUGUUGAAUUCUAAAAUGCUUAAUUAGUAAAUACUUCUAUUAAUAAUGGCAUUUAAGCCCCUUAUGGUGGUGUCAUUUAUUCAUCAUCUGCUAUAAACUUCACCUUAGUGAGCUCAAAUAGCUCAUUUAUUUAGGUAAGCUCUAAAGAAUAGGGUUCAUUUUUAUACAUCGAUCCAUUAUCGAAUCCAAAUAUUACAAUUAGCUUGAUUGGCAACAAUUAUCAAAUUGGAUAAUUAGAAGAAGGGUAUGAAAUGUAUUAUUAAUAAUUGAGAAAUAUUAACGAUCUGAUUGUGAAGGGACCAUUGGUAGGAAGUCUAUUCUACAUUUAAAAUGGCUAAGGAAAUAUAUAUACUGAGGAAAAUAAUUUUAAAUCAAUUACAGCAACAAAGCUUUCCUCUGUUUUUUAUCUUCCUAAAAAUUUCACAAUUUAUGAUAAGAAAUCCUUCUACUACUAAUGCGAGGGCUAAUAUGGACUAAUUUUCUGCGACAACUGCACAAUUGUAUUAGAUGAGAUCACAGUAAUUAACUGGCAAGCUUAGUUCGGAGGACUUGUUUAUAUGAUUGAUCAAGCUAAUGUUUUAAUAAAAGAUUCUACACUCAAAUAUGGCUAGGCAUAAAAUUAAGGAGGAGGUAUAUUUGCAAAAGGCACUGGGAUCUCAAUCAUAAACAUUGUUAAUUCAAAUAUAUUCUUUGUCAGAUCAAAUGAAGUUGGAGGGUUGAUAUAUGCUGAUAAUCCUGACCUCUAAAUAAUAAUAGAUUAUACAACUUUUGAAUUAAUCUUUACUGAAACUGAAGGUGGUUUAAUCUAUGCUAAAUAAGCUCGAGAUAUCAAAUUAUCAAAUUCUUUUGGUUUCCAUUUGUAUUUUGACAAUACAUCAGGCAGCAUAUAUUUUAGCGAGAUGGCUGGACUCUCUCUACAUCUUGAUAAUAACUAUUUUGAAGGAAGAAAAUAACUAGAUUAUGAUGAAAUCCUAUAUGAAUUUGGAUAAUCCGCAGGUUUCAUCACAAAUAGGUAUUCUGUAUUUUGCUUAACAGAUGCUAAAAAUAUAAACUCCUUCAAUAAUACAUUUAAAAACUUUCAUGUAGCUAUUAAUGGUACUAUAUUUUAUAUUAAAAAUGCUGAAGAAUUUAGAGAUGAGAUGUCUACCUAUAAUGUUUUAGCUGCUUACACUGGAGGAGUUUUUAAAAUGUUCAACGUUAGCUAAAUCUUAGUCAUAGACUCAACUUUUGAUAACAUUACUGCUGAUAUUGGUGGAAUUUUCUUUCUGAAAAAUCUUUUUAACACCAGCAUACUCAAUUGCUCAAUAUAAAAUGUAAAAGUAAAUUAAAAUGGAGGACUCAUCUUUAUAACUAAUGAAGAUAAUUUGUACAAAAAAUCUUACCUUAAUAUCUAAGGAUAUAAUAUACAGGAUCUUAUGAACUUCAAAUCAAAUGGAAAUGGAGCCUUGGCUUAUAUCAAUGAUUCAACUUUAGAGUUUAGCAUUGUUAAUUAUAAAGUCUCUAAUUUCAAUGCAAGAUUAAAUGGAGGCUUAAUCUAUGUAGAAAAAGCUGAUACCAUCUUUAUUGAUAAUCUUGAUGUAAAAGAUAUCUAAGCGUUAAUCAAGGGCUCUAUUAUAUUUUCAAUCUAUAAUAAAGUUAAGAUUAAAAUACAGAAUAGUAAUUUUAUUCAAGAUAUCGAUGAGACAUAUAAUAAGACUCAGAUUAAAUUAGACUUGUAAAAUAGCCUUUUUGAUUUAUCAACUGGCACUGGAGGAGCAUUCUAUUUUUUGAAUACAGAGAGUUUGAUUGAGAUAAGUAAUAUUACAGUUAAGAAUUUUCACAAUGCAUAUUAAGGAGGAGUAUUUUACCUUGAAAACACUCUAUUGAAGGACACCGGUUCUCACUAUUAUUAAAAUUUCGCUUAUGAAGGAGGAUUUGCUUAUUGUAAAAACUGCUAAAUGCAAAUAUUUACUUCCAAAUUUGAUAAUUAAUCAGGAAUCUAGGGAGGUGUGAUUUACUCCAACACAUAAACAAAGAUUGAAAUAUUUGAGUCCAGCUUUAUCAAUACUUAUGUUGUCACUUCUGGCGGUUUUCUCUAUAGUACCACUGACUAAAAUUAAGAUUAAGUAGAUAUUUAAAAUAAACAGUCUUUUGUAAAAUUUUAUGAUGCAAUUCUGAUAUCAAACUUUUAAAGUGAUUUAAAUUCAGCAGGAUUUCAUUUAAAUAACCCUUAAUUUGAUAUCAUAAUGAAUAACUCAAUGAUGACUCUAGAAAAAAUCUAAUCUUAAUAAUAUGGAAAUGUUUUUUACAUUGAAAGUGCAAGGAGAAUAGAGAUUGAUGGAAUUAUAGCAAGAGAUAUUAAAUCCUCAUUUGCUCAAGGAUCUUUUUUAUAUUCAAACUAAUUUAAUGUUGAAAUUAUUAUUAAGAACUCUGAAAUAAAUUGCCAAAAUAGUAUUGAAGAAGAAUAUAAUCAGAUAGGCUAAUAAGGAUCAGCUAUUUAUCUUAAAGAGUAUGAUUCAUCAUUGCAAAUAACAUUCGGAAAAUAUUUAAUGUUCGAAACACAAUAGCAGCUAUAAUCUUAAUUUCAAUUUGAAAAUAAAUGUGGAGGAACAAUUACAUUUGAUGAGGAUGAAAAUAUAAAAGGCGAACUCAAUUUUCUAAUUAGUGAAGUGGAAGCUUCGAAUCUAACUUCUGAAACAUAUGGGGCAUUUUUAUGCAGCUAAUAAGAAUCACUUUCACUUGAAAUCUAAAAUGUAAACGUAACAAUGUCAAAAUCUAAAAAUGAGGGAGGAAUUUUUCAUUUAAUGAAAAUUAACUCGUUGAAAAUUUAGAAUUCGUUUUUCGAAAAUUUUUAAGCAACAAACAAAGGUUCGCUUAUUUCAACCGAUUAGUAUGUCAAUUUUUUCAAACUAAAUAUCUAGAAUAAUACAUUCAUCUAAGAUAAUAUUGAAACAAGCAAAGGAGAUUGGCUAAAUAUGAUACCCACUGCUGGGAUGAUGUACUUGCAAUAUACAUAUGAGUUAAUCAGCAUCAACAAUAGUUUCAGUAGUUUAUUACUUUCUUAUGAGUGUGGUGUUUAUAGUUUAAAAAAUGGAAACUUAUAUGACGAGAACUCUACCUAUAAAGACAUAGGAACAUAAAACCAAGGUGGAAUAAUGUGUCUUACUUUUAGCGAUGCCACAUUAAAGAAUGUUUUUGACUCUGUAUUUUCUAAUGUAUAAUCAGGUCACGCUGGUGGUAUUGCUAGAUAUAAGUUAUCACAGAUGGGAUAAAUGAAAUUCAAAUCUUGUAAAUUCCAAGUGUUUAUUGGGCGUUUAACUGGAAUAUUUGAUAUAGAAUCAAGUGAAGGUUCUAUUUUACUGUCUUCAGAUUUUAAGAAUUAUGGAUAGACUUUUAUUCAAGAUUUCUAUGCAUAUAAUUCUAAUGAUGCAUCCUCUUCUCUUUUUUACUCUAACUCCGAGUCUUUUUAUUUAGAAAUGACAGACCUGCUUAUAGAUUGCGAGUUAAAGUCACAAAUCAUGUGGAGAGAUGAAACAUUAAUAUUAGCUCCUGCUAUUAAAAUUAAGUAGUCUAAAAAAGGCAUAAUUUCAAAAAGAAAUACAUUUAAAAACUGCCAAAAUUCAAAAGAAGGCUCCAUUUUUUCAAUAUAAUCAUCGACUCUGAUAGACGAAGGUUCGGAGUAUUAUAAUAAUUCAGCAGAAUAAGGAGGUAUCUUGAGUUGUACUACAUGCACAGUUAAAAUUAAUGGUUCAAAUUUCCAUCAUAAUUAAGCUUAGUAAGGAGGCAUAUUUAUAGUUUAUGAAAGCUACGAUAUAGUCUUAGACAAUGUUUAGAUUUGGGAGAAUAAGGCAAUUAAAAAAGGCGGUGUCUUUUUUGUCAACUAGAUUCUGGAAAUAUCAACUUGGAAAAAUGAUAUAGUUAUCAAGAAUUGCUAUGAUAUUAGAAAUAUAUUUGCUUCAGAAGGAGGAUUCUUAUACUCAUAAAGCUUCGAUCUCAACCUAACAAUCACAAAUUCUACUUUUUAUGACAUUUAAGCAGCUUUAGAUGGAGGUCUUCUAUCAUUAAAUAAGGGCUCUAAUUUUUACUUAAGGAAUUUGAGAAUAACAAAAGUAACUGCAAGAGACUUUUAAAUUCUAACAUCUAUAGCUCAACUUAGAAAUUUCACGAUUGAAAAUUGUUAGAUAAUAUGUGAUCCUAGUUACGAAGGUGAUCCUAGCACAGAAUUAAAUACGAAAAUUACCUAUUUUUCAGAUUAUGAGUCUAAGUAUAUUAUGAAUUCAGCUAUUUUCGGUGGAGUCUUCCAUAUAUCUUAGUCAGGUGUCUUUCUUAAUGAAACACAGUUUUAAGAUAAUAAAGCGAAUAGAGGUGGUUGUAUUGAUAUUGGAUAUGAUUCUUAUCUUUCUAUGAAUAAGGUUUCUUUCUAAAAUUUGAAAAAAGCCAAAUGA